ACACAUCAAUUUCCAGCUGUGAUUACUAGUAAUUAUAUGUUGAUUGUGUAAUACACUAUACCAUCCGUUGAUAUUUUCCAGAGGUUUGUUGAUUAAUGUGUUAUACUAUACAUGAUACAUAAUCCCAUAAGGGAUAGUUGGUCAAACACCAAAAACACACACACAUAAUUAUUUGAAUCAAAAGUAUAUAAAAACAUAAAAUUAUAUUUUUUAGCAAAAAAAAGAAAACAAUUUGAAAGUUUGGUUUUUAUUUUUUUGUUCCCGUAGCCUAUAUAAAUAAGGGGAUCUAAAACCCAUACAACACAUAAUAAGCAGCUAUACUCUCUCUGUCUAAACACUUUCCUUUUAUAUUCGUAGUCUUUCUCCUCUCUCUUUCUAGAAAUAGAAACCAUGGGAAUCGCAGAAGAAAGCAGCAAGCCAAUGUGGGGGAGCAUCAGCCAUGCGUCUCCAGGCCACGCUCUUAGUGGCAAAAUCAUGAUAUCCUCAGUGAUCAUCCUCUCCGUCGCCCUUAUUAUGAUCAUCUGCUUCCACAGCUACGCCAGAUGGCUAUUCCGCCGUCAGAACCGUCGCAUUCGCCGCCGGAUUCGUGCUCACCUCCGUGCUCUCUCCGCCUCAACCAUCUCCUCCUCCUCACUCUCCCCUCUCGAUCCAGCGAUCCUCGAGAAGAUUCCGAUCUUCGUUUACUCCUCGGAGACUCAUCAUCAAUCGCCACUGGAGGAGUGUUCCGUUUGCUUGUCUGAGUUCGAGGAAGAAGACCACGGCCGUUGCCUCCCGAAAUGUGGCCACGCUUUUCACGUCGAUUGCAUCGAUACUUGGUUCCGUUCCAGUUCCACUUGCCCGCUUUGCAGAGCUCCGGUUCAACCCGAGAAUAUGUCCACCGAACAAAUCACUCCGGUUAAACCGGUCGAGGACAUAGAAACUGGAUGUUCUUCUUCCUCCUCUUCUUCGUCUUCGCCGUUGAGGUUUCCUAUGGAGGCGUGUGAGAGACAGCCUAUCGAUUUAGAUGGUCUCACGGUGGAGAUUCCCACAGAGUUUGAAGGCUCUAUUAACCCGGUUUUAUCAUUGAAAAGGCUAUGGAGCAUCUAAACCGGAUGUGGCUUGUGGGCCAAGAGAGGAAACUUCAAAUGGUUGUAUUUUUUGCCAAACCCGCAUGAAAUUUCAACACGUGGCACUAAUACGGGCCCACGCGGCCGUCACUCCUGGACCCCGAGAGCGCGACUUCGUCACCUCGGUGCUGGUGGCCUGCGAAGAGCUUUUUACUUACAUUAACUAGCUUAAGACCCCCUUAACUGCCGCAAGAUGAAUUAUAUAUAUUUAUAAAUAUUUUUUAAGUAUAAUUUAUUUGUAUCCAUUUAUGUAUUAUGUAUAUAAUUAAAUUAGAGUAAGCACAUAAAUCAAAACAAUACAUCUUAUUUAUUCACGAUAUUUUUUUGGUAAAUAAAUCAAAAAAUCAUUUUAUUUAUUUUAUAUGAUAUAUAACUAAAUUUUAAUGAUAUAAUAUAUAAUAUAUUUUAAUAAACAUAUUUAUUAUUGAGAAUUCAUACUCAUAUGAUAAACACAAAAUUUUUAAUGUGCAAUUCUUUUAAUGCAAAUUUCAAAAUUAAAAUAUUAAGAGCAUCUUUAACCCUAAGAACCCUCUUAAAAACUAACCCUCUUAAGGUUUCAAUACUUUUUUCAAUACAAAUUAAAAAAUUAUAAUAUUUAAAUAUUUUCUAUGUUAUAUAGUUUAAUUUUAAACUAUAUUAAUAUAUAAUAUGAAUGUCUAGUAAAUGAGAUUUCAUAUUCAUACGAUAUAUGAUCGUUUGUAUCUUGUUAUUACCAAAAAAAAAAUCAUUUAUUACAAAAUUUUAGUGUGAGACAUUUAACAUUUUUAGUCAUUUAUAGUCGUUUUACAAAUUCAAAAUAUAAGUUAAUGUGAUUUUUUAAUAUCUUUUAAUAAUAUAAAAUUAAACAAAAAACUAAGAUACAAAAAUUAUUAUAUAAUAUUUAUUAUUUAUUAUUCAUAAUCGUUAAUUGUCAUAUAUACAUUAAUCAUAUUAGACAAUUCCUUAGCUUUUAUUUAAGGAAAAUGCAAGAUUAUUAUUUUGUACAUUAUUUAUCAAUUUAAUAGUUAGUUUAAUAAAAAGUAUAAUAUAAAUUAAGGUGGACCAAUUUAUUUCUCUUAAAAUUCUGAAUUUCACUUUUAUGCUGACAUGUGGGUACAAAACAAUGUUGUAAUGUUUCUCAAUUAAUAUAUAUGGAAAAUUUCAUUUGUUAUU